AUGUUUGAUGGAGUUAUGGCGAUGUGGAAGCAGGGGACGACGUUGACGUUGAUAUGGCUGAACCUCGUGGCUGUUGAUGGCUUCAUGCAAGUUUCGCAGUCUUCUCAGGGUCCGAUCUCUUGUCGCAGUUGUUACAGCAAGCUUUCUGGCGAUUUAUUUCCUCGCUCGUCGAUGUUGACGUCAUCGAUGUACGAAUGGGAUAACGUAAACAGGCACGGGCCGUACUCCCAAGCGCACAGAUAUGGGCAUCAGGCGAUGGAUCGCAAUCGAGUACAUGCACUGCGCAUGUGUGACCGAGAUUUCUUCGGUCCCAACGAAUGCUCAGUUAGAAGCGAAGCAGAUUGCUCCACGCCCUACCAACUGAAGCAGGAUUCAUUUGAUCUAAUCAGAAAUAUCCCGCGCAAUGCGUUGCCUGAGAAUAUUCCUCUGAAGAAUCUCUUUGGUGUUCAUCUCAAGGAACAACAACAUCCGGAACAUUCUCUUCAGCAUCGAAUCAAGAUCUUCGCAUCUGAUGUGGAAAGAGAGAUUGCAUUCUGGACUCGAGGACUUGGCAUGACCGUCUUCACGGAAGAAUCCUCAAUAUUGCUGAGCUAUGAUGAUAUCACUGCUUACUACACUUCCCCGGAGAGUCGAGGCAACGGACAUCGAGAUGAACCGUCGAACAUAUUGGAGCUUGUCGAAGGCAACCAAGUGGACAAGACCAGGAACCCUGAGCUGAAGCAGCAACUCUACAUUCAGAUUCCUUUCCGACCUAACCUGCUGGAUGAUAUCAAGAAGACUGGUGGCUCGAUUGCAAGCAGAAGCAGAGAAUUGCCCUUCGAUCUCUAUUCAAGCGCCACAAAUGCUGGCAAGAAGAUUUCCAUCUCCUCUCCUGCAGGCCAAGAGGUCUAUCUCAAGUUGUCGAGCUUUGCUCUCCCUGUCUCCCCAGUUCUCCUGUGUAAUCCAAACUAA